AUGGGUACAGCUAAGUGUGUAUUUGAUAAUUGUAAUAGUCAAAUCAUUACCGUUGAUGAAAGCAAAGUCAUUGAAUGGUCUUCUGAUGUUUAUGAUAUAUUUAAGUUAAUGCAGAAUAAUAUUAAAGAUGUUUCUUUGGGUAAAUUUUUAAUUGUUAAUGAUAUUUGGGAUUUUGAUAAUGUUGGGGUCUCAAAAGAAAUUCCACAAGAUUUAGAAUUGCAACUUGAUGAUUCAAAAUUUAUUUUAAAUUUUAAGGGAAACACUUGGGAAGUUACGAAAUGUAUUAAAUACCUGAUAUGUGCAGAUUGCGAUAAAGGACCUAUUGGUAUGGUUUGUGAAAUAGCAGAUGUUUCAAAUAAAGAUAAUAAAAAUCAAAUAAACUUACUAAGUCUGAACAGUAUCAAUUAUGAAUUGUAA